AUGCUGGUGCCAGAGGAUGUGGCGCCGCGGGAAGAAAACGCUUCAGUACUACUAGUUAAAAAUACUCGCUCGAUACGAAAGUGCAUCAACGAUCACGAGGACAUCAAACUACACAUGUACAGUAUACUAUGUUUUCAGUACAUGUACAACUUCUACUACUUCUACAAUCUGCAUCUGUUGUCUGCUCGAAAAAGCAAAAAAUGUUUCGAAAUCAUCGAGGAUUGCAUUUGCAUGCACAUGCGCUUCAUAGACAAUAGAAUCGCAGUCUUCGGAGCUCCUGUGGGUAGUAGCUUGCGGAUAUCGAAGCCGCAGUUGUAUCUCAAUACUUGUUAAUAUCACCUUACGAACUACUAGCGAAAGGCAAAAUCUUCAAAAACAGCGUCGUCGACAGGGAGGAAGUAGGUUUAUGAAAUAAAUUCGAAGGCUGUCUCUUUUACGAAACAAAGUCUUGAAAUUUUUUUGGAAAAUGCAGUAUAAUCACAAAGACAAUUCACAUACUUCUUGGAGGAUUGUUGCGAUUUGAUGUUUUUCAGCGCAGACGGCGAUUGCAUGCCCAGUCUCAGUGCUUGAAAAACAACCCGGAAAUCCCAUCGGAAUCGAAGGUAUGAAGUGCAAAAAACAAGAAUUUGUUUGAACAUGAAAAUAUCUACCGCAUGUAUCGAAGAGAAUUGUAUGAAACAUAUGUAUUGACCAUUCGACAAUUUAACAGAAGCAGAACGACAAGUAGACUUGUUAAACAAAAUUUGCUAUGUGAUUGUUGCAACGAACACCAACACGGGACCAAGGACGUUGAUCUCUGACACCGUUCGCGUACCGUCAUCAUACCUCACAACGCCC